UUUACCUCCUGUCAGUUCAGACACCACAGGGACCCUCACACACAAAAUUCCAUCUUCACAUAGCUCAGGCCUGCCCACCAUGACAGACACAGCUCUCACCUCCUCAUCCAUGGGCUUCACGGAGCCCUUGACCACAGCGUCACACACUGCCACCCUCACAGUUCCCACCCUCUCUCCUACUGACUCCACCCCAUCUAAGACCACCAUUGGGCACACUGUAACCACUCUUGUCUACACAGCCCACAGCACUGCCUCUGCUCUGACGGGAAACACUCCUGUUCAGUCCCUGGGCACGAGUAUUCCAGUCACUCCUGUGUUCUCCUCAGCCACGGAGGGCAGCACUCCUGGGACUGCACAGAACGAACAUGAGCAUUCAGCUCCAACACUUCUGCACACAUUGUACACAACUGCUGUCUCCACCCCACCACCCACGAUCACAGACACACUCCCAGUCUCCUUGUCUCCAGAAGGGAGUGCUCCUACAGCAGUGAGUGGAGCAGGAUGGCCUUCCUCCCCUAGCACAGCUGCUACAUCCAGUGGGGAAGCCACACUGACGCCUCAUACAGACCUUACAACAGAAUCUCCCCAGACACAAAGACCCUCAGCUCCACCAACCACUUCUUCAGUCACACCCACUGAUACUCUGGCUUCUGGCUCACCUAUCCCUUCUUCUCCAGGGACCAGCAGUGCUCUGACUUCCACAACAAAUGGGGUUCUGCCCUCUGUGUCUGACUCAAGCACAAAACUAGUCACAGCUGGUCCCACACUCAGCACGACGAUAUCUGCCUUGGAGACCACACUCCCAGUUACACAAGCGACAUCUGCAGCUACACCUGAGGUGACCUCCCCCAACUCUGUCAGUAGCUCUGUUACCCAUUCCCCAUCCCACAACAUUUCUCCCACCUCCACCUUAGGUACAAGAUCCCCAGACACCUCUGCCACACCGUCAUGGCCCUCCACACUCCCUUCAGAAACAAGCACCACACAGAUGACCACCAUGGCCACCACUCCCAGCUGGCCCAGCCUCACCUCCUUAAACAGCUACCCCACUGUCAGCUUGUCCACGACUGACAUCUCUUUAACUCCUGCCACUAUAGAGACCAUGAGGACUCUCACAUCCACCAUUCCAUCAACACAUAGCUCAGGCCUGCCCACCAUGACAGACACAGCUCUCACCUCCUCAUCCAUGGGCUUCACGGAGCCCUUGACCUCAGUGUCACACACUGCAACCCUCACAGUUCCCAGCCUGUCUCCUACUGACUCCACCCCAUCUAAUCCCACCAGCGGGCACACCGUAACCACUCUUGUCUACACAGCCCACACCACGAGCAGUGUGACAGCUGUCCCCGUCAGUACUGGAAACUCUCCACCUCCCCUUGCCUCGAGCUCCCCUGCUGCAUCUGCCUCCUCCUCAACCAUCUCUGCCAGUACAGUAGGGACCACACAGAGUGUCAGUGUCCCCUCAGCUCCAACCAUCACCCAUACACUGCCCUCCUCACCUGAGUCCACCCAGACGCCCACAGCCCUCACAACACUCACAACUCCCACCUCUGUAGAGACUUCCCUUCCUCCCUCGGCUGUGACUGGGACAGAUCAACACCCUAUCCCCAGCCUCGCUGCCACUUCCACUGGGAAAACCACAGAGAAUGCUGCCACAGGCCUUCCUACAGACUCACUCACGACGUACACAGCCGGGCGUUCCCCAGUCACAUCCUCGGUCACUGUCACUGUCACAGGCCCACUCACCUAUGGCAGAUCCACAGUGCCUUCCCAUGUCACCUCCAAUAUGGGGACCUCACACACGAGUACAACACUGUCCUCUAUGUCUGUCUCUGGUUCACAGUCAGAUGCCACUGGCAGUGUGUCCAGCUCCCCAUUGUCUGCCUUGGUGACCUCACUCCCAAGCACUAAUGCCACAUCUGCAGCUACACCUCAGGUCACCUUUCCCAACUCUUUUAGUAGCUCUGUUACCCAAUCACCUUCCCACAUCACUUCACCCACCUCCACCUUAGGUACAAGUUCCCCAGACACCUCUGCCCCACCCUCAUGGCCCUCCACGCUCCCUUCAGAAACAAGGAGUGCUGUCACCACACAGAUGACCACCAUGGCCACCACUCCCAGCUGGCCCAGCCUCACCUCCUUAAACAGCUACCCCACCAUCAGCUUGUCCAUGACUGACAUCUCUUUAACUCCUGUCAGUUCAGACACCACAGGGAUCCUCACACACAAAAUUCCAUCUUCACAUAGCUCAGGCCUGCCCACCAUGACAGACACAGCUCUCACCUCCUCAUCCAUGGGCUUCAUGGAGCCCUUGACCACAGCGUCACACACUGCCACCCUCACAGUUCCCAGCCUGUCUCCUACUGACUCCACCCCAUCUAAGACCACCAUUGGGCACACUGUAACCACUCUUGUCUUCCCAGCCCACAGCACUGCCUCUGCUCUGACGGGAAACACUCCUGUUCAGUCCCUGGGCACGAGUAUUCCGGUCACUUCUGUGUUCUCCUCAGCCACGGAGGGCAGCACUCCUGAAACUACACAGAACGAACCUGAGCCUUCAGCUCCAACACUUCUGCACACAUUGUACACAACUGCUGUCUCCACCCCACCACCCACGAUCACAGACACACUCCCAGUCUCCUUGUCUCCAGAAGGGAGUGCUCCUACAGCAGUGAGUGGAGCAGGAUGGCCUUCCUCCCCUAGCACAGCUGCUACAUCCAGUGGGGAAGCCACACUGACGCCUCAUACAGACCUUACAACAGAAUCUCCCCAGACACAAAGACCCUCAGCUCCACCAACCACUUCUUCAGUCACACCCACUGAUACUCUGGCUUCUGGCUCACCUAUCCCUUCUUCUCCAGGGACCAGCAGUGCUCUGACUUCCACAACAAAUGGGGUUCUGCCCUCUGUGUCUGACUCAAGCACAAAACUAGUCACAGCUGGUCCCACACUCAGCACGACGAUAUCUGCCUUGGAGACCACACUCCCAGUUACACAAGCGACAUCUGUAGCUACACCUGAGGUGACCUCCCCCAACUCUGUCAGUAGCUCUGUUACCCAUUCCCCAUCCCACAACAUUUCUCCCACCUCCACCUUAGGUACAAGAUCCCCAGACACCUCUGCCACACCGUCAUGGCCCUCCACACUCCCUUCAGAAACAAGCACCACACAGAUGACCACCAUGGCCACCACUCCCAGCUGGCCCAGCCUCACCUCCUUAAACAGCUACCCCACUGUCAGCUUGUCCACGACUGACAUCUCUUUAACUCCUGCCACUAUAGAGACCAUGAGGACUCUCACAUCCACCAUUCCAUCAACACAUAGCUCAGGCCUGCCCACCAUGACAGACACAGCUCUCACCUCCUCAUCCAUGGGCUUCACGGAGCCCUUGACCUCAGUGUCACACACUGCAACCCUCACAGUUCCCAGCCUGUCUCCUACUGACUCCACCCCAUCUAAUCCCACCAGCGGGCACACCGUAACCACUCUUGUCUACACAGCCCACACCACGAGCAGUGUGACAGCUGUCCCCGUCAGUACUGGAAACUCUCCACCUCCCCUUGCCUCGAGCUCCCCUGCUGCAUCUGCCUCCUCCUCAACCAUCUCUGCCAGUACAGUAGGGACCACACAGAGUGUCAGUGUCCCCUCAGCUCCAACCAUCACCCAUACACUGCCCUCCUCACCUGAGUCCACCCGGACACCCACAGCCCUCACAACACUCACAACUCCCACCUCUGUAGAGACUUCCCUUCCUCCCUCGGCUGUGACUGGGACAGAUCAACACCCUAUCCCAAGCCUCGCUGCCACUUCCACUGGGAAAACCACAGAGAAUGCUGCCACAGGCCUUCCUACAGACUCACUCACGACGUACACAGCCGGGCGUUCCCCAGUCACAUCCUCGGUCACUGUCACUGUCACAGGCCCACUCACCUAUGGCAGAUCCACAGUGCCUUCCCAUGUCACCUCCAAUAUGGGGACCUCACACACGAGUACAACACUGUCCUCUAUGUCUGUCUCUGGUUCACAGUCAGAUGCCACUGGCAGUGUGUCCAGCUCCCCAUUGUCUGCCUUGGUGACCUCACUCCCAAGCACUAAUGCCACAUCUGCAGCUACACCUCAGGUCACCUUUCCCAACUCUUUUAGUAGCUCUGUUACCCAUUCCCCAUCCCACACCACUUCUCCCACCUCCACCUUAGGUACAAGUUCCCCAGACACCUCUGCCCCACCCUCAUGGCCCUCCACGCUCCCUUCAGAAACAAGGAGUGAUGUCACCACACAGAUGACCACCAUGGCCACCACUCCCAGCUGGCCCAGCCUCACCUCCUUAAACAGCUACCCCACCAUCAGCUUGUCCACGACUGACAUCUCUUUACCUCCUGUCAGUUCAGACACCACAGGGACCCUCACACACAAAAUUCCAUCUUCACAUAGCUCAGGCCUGCCCACCAUGACAGACACAGCUCUCACCUCCUCAUCCAUGGGCUUCACGGAGCCCUUGACCACAGUGUCACACACUGCAUCCCUCACAGUUCCCACCCUCUCUCCUACUGACUCCACCCCUUCUAAUCCCACCAGCGGGGACACUGUAACCACUCUUGUCUACACAGCCCACACCACGAGCAGUGUGACAGGUCUCCCCGUCAGUACUGGAAACUCUCCACCUCCCCUUGUCUUGAGCUCCCCUGCUGCAUCUGCCUCCUCCUCAACCAUCUCUGCCAGUACAGUAGGGACCACACAGAGUGUCAGUGUCCCCUCAGCUCCAACCAUCACCCAUACACUGCCCUCCUCACCUGAGUCCACCCAGACGCCCACAGCCCUCACAACACUCACAACUCCCACCUCUGUAGAGACUUCCCUUCCUCCCUCGGCUGUGACUGGGACAGAUCAACACCCUAUCCCCAGCCUCGCUGCCACUUCCACUGGGAAAACCACAGAGAAUGCUGCCACAGGCCUUCCUACAGACUCACUCACGACGUACACAGCCGGGCGUUCCCCAGUCACAUCCUCGGUCACUGUCACUGUCACAGGCCCACUCACCUAUGGCAGAUCCACAGUGCCUUCCCAUGUCACCUCCAAUAUGGGGACCUCACACACGAGUACAACACUGUCCUCUAUGUCUGUCUCUGGUUCACAGUCAGAUGCCACUGGCAGUGUGUCCAGCUCCCCAUUGUCUGCCUUGGUGACCUCACUCCCAAGCACUAAUGCCACAUCUGCAGCUACACCUCAGGUCACCUUUCCCAACUCUUUUAGUAGCUCUGUUACACAAUCACCUUCCCACAUCACUUCACCCACCUCCACCUUAGGUACAAGUUCCCCAGACACCUCUGCCCCACCCUCAUGGCCCUCCACGCUCCCUUCAGAAACAAGCACCACACAGAUGACCACCAUGGCCACCACUCCCAGCUGGCCCAGCCUCACCUCCUUAAACAGCUACCCCACUGUCAGCUUGUCCACGACUGACAUCUCUUUACCUCCUGCCACUACAGAGACCAUGAGGACUCUCACAUCCACCAUUCCAUCUUCACAUAGCUCAGGCCUGCCCACCAUGACAGACACAGCUCUCACCUCCUCAUCCAUGGGCUUCACGGAGCCCUUGACCACAGCGUCACACACUGCCACCCUCACAGUUCCCAGCCUGUCUCCUACUUACUCCACCCCAUCUAAUCCCACCAGCGGGCACACCGUAACCACUCUUGUCUACACAGCCCACACCACGAGCAGUGUGACAGCUGUCCCCGUCAGUACUGGAAACUCUCCACCUCCCCUUGCCUCGAGCUCCCCUGCUGCAUCUGCCUCCUCCUCAACCAUCUCUGCCAGUACAGUAGGGACCACACAGAGUGUCAGUGUCCCCUCAGCUCCAACCAUCACCCAUACACUGCCCUCCUCACCUGAGUCCACCCAGACGCCCACAGCCCUCACAACACUCACAACUCCCACCUCUGUAGAGACUUCCCUUCCUCCCUCGGCUGUGACUGGGACAGAUCAACACCCUAUCCCCAGCCUCGCUGCCACUUCCACUGGGAAAACCACAGAGAAUGCUGCCACAGGCCUUCCUACAGACUCACUCACGACGUACACAGCCGGGCGUUCCCCAGUCACAUCCUCGGUCACUGUCACUGUCACAGGCCCACUCACCUAUGGCAGAUCCACAGUGCCUUCCCAUGUCACCUCCAAUAUGGGGACCUCACACACGAGUACAACACUGUCCUCUAUGUCUGUCUCUGGUUCACAGUCAGAUGCCACUGGCAGUGUGUCCAGCUCCCCAUUGUCUGCCUUGGUGACCUCACUCCCAAGCACUAAUGCCACAUCUGCAGCUACACCUCAGGUUACCUCUCCCAACUCUGUUAGUAGCUCUGUUACCCAUUCCCCAUCCCACAUCACUUCACCCACCUCCACCUUAGGUACAAGUUCCCCAGACACCUCUGCCCCACCCUCAUGGCCCUCCACGCUCCCUUCAGAAACAAGGAGUGCUGUCACCACACAGAUGACCACCAUGGCCACCACUCCCAGCUGGCCCAGCCUCACCUCCUUAAACAGCUACCCCACCAUCAGCUUGUCCACGACUGACAUCUCUUUACCUCCUGUCAGUUCAGACACCACAGGGACCCUCACACACAAAAUUCCAUCUUCACAUAGCUCAGGCCUGCCCACCAUGACAGACACAGCUCUCACCUCCUCAUCCAUGGGCUUCACGGAGCCCUUGACCACAGUGUCACACACUGCAUCCCUCACAGUUCCCACCCUCUCUCCUACUGACUCCACCCCUUCUAAUCCCACCAGCGGGGACACUGUAACCACUCUUGUCUACACAGCCCACACCACGAGCAGUGUGACAGGUCUCCCCGUCAGUACUGGAAACUCUCCACCUCCCCUUGCCUUGAGCUCCCCUGCUGCAUCUGCCUCCUCCUCAACCAUCUCUGCCAGUACAGUAGGGACCACACAGAGUGUCAGUGUCCCCUCAGCUCCAACCAUCACCCAUACACUGCCCUCCUCACCUGAGUCCACCCAGACGCCCACAGCCCUCACAACACUCACAACUCCCACCUCUGUAGAGACUUCCCUUCCUCCGUCGACAGUGGUAACCUCUUUUGCUACCUUGAUCUCUUCUACACCCACAGUGAUAAUGUCUGCCUCCCAGUCUUUUCCGGCUACUAGACCAGUGCUAAGUACUACUGCUAGGUCUCUUUCUCCCUUCCCCCUUAGCUCCAGUACAGAAGCUAUAACCUCCUCUCUAGCGACAUCCUUUCCUCCUUCUUCAACCACCAGAACAUCUCCAACCACCUCCCUGCUCUCCACAGCUCAGACCCAAUCAACCCCUUUCUCUUAUAUCUCUCUCCCUUCUACUACACCCUGUCCAGAAACCAUCACCAUCACCAUAGUCCCCAGCUCUCCCUCGACUCCGUGUGUUGACAUCAAUCCUAGUACCGGGGUGACAUCUGCUCCCAUCACCCCGUUCUCAAUCAUUCCCUCUUCCACCAAAAUGGUUACCUCCUCCAGUUAUACCAGUGAAAGACCAUUCCUCCCCACGCAUUUGGAUACCCCUACUAUGACACCAGAAACAGAGCCCCCAGACACCGUCACGGAUGCUCCUAGCUCGACGGACACGAGGGCAAUAGUUACAGACACAGUUAGCACCUCAGCAUCCACCUGGGACAACCAGUUGAGUGCCACCUCUGUCACCACCCCAAAUAUGCUCGACUCCAUCAGCGUCCCCUCAAGCCUGAAACCAAGCAACAGUGUUCCAACGACCGCAACGUCAAGCAAGGUGAUCUACCCUGUUCGGUCGACCAUAAAGACGCCAGAGACAUCGGUGUCCACCACGAAGCCCCCUACCACUCUUACAUCGAGAUCAACCUCAACCUCUACUCCGACGACUACACCGGCGAGCUUGACCACGACCCCAGGCGUUUGUGACAAUGGUGGCACUUGGGAGAAGGACCGGUGCAUUUGCCUUCCUGGCUUCUCUGGAGACCACUGUCAAGAUCUGGAUAACAGAUGCCAGAAUGGGGGUUCAUGGAAUGGCAUCAGGUGUGUCUGCCCCAGCACCUUCCAGGGCUCUUUCUGUGAGCUGCCAGUGGAGCAGUUAGAAAUAGGUGAGUGGCCAGAGCCACGAGCUCCGGUCUCCUCCUUAGAGAAGCCCUGUGCGCUCUGCUCCCCUCUCUCUCAUCCACUCCUGACUUCUCUCCCAUGCCCUCUGCUACUCCACAUACACACGCCCUUCACCCUAAACCUCCGGCAGGCUUCCCCUACCUUCUUUGAGCUCUGAACCGUACUGUUUCCCAAUGGCUGCCACAGUGAAUGACCUCAGAGCUAGUAGCUGUAGUGCAGUGCUGUGGAUUACGAGUCUCUCUUGGUUGCUUCUUCCAUGGCUGUGCUCGAAUCCCUGACAACAGCAUUUUUUUUUUUGAGAUAGGGUUUUGUUUUGUGACCCUGGAACUCACUCUGUAGAUCAGGCUGGCUUAACACUCACAGAGAUCUCCCUGCCUCUGUCUCUUCAGAGGUGGGACUACAGAUGGCACCAUCGUGAGUGGAGAGACAUGCAAUUUAAGGUAGAAAGGGUUGACUGUGGCUCACGGGCUAAGGGUGCACAGUCCAUCAUGGCGGAGAAGGCAUGGCGGCAUCUGGUCCCAUGGUACCCAUAGUCAGGAAGC